UUGCCUCUGGAAUAAAUGCAGAAAGAACAAAGCUAGGGAAGAAAUGCACAAAGAAAUUGACAGAAUAGAAUCACGAAUAAAAUACCUCCAUUUCUCCGAAGAUCGAGAACCGGAUACAAGACAGGAACAACAAAGUCCAAAAGUGCGAAUAAAAUCAGUGCAAUGGGAUUGGAAAAUGUUUGAGACUAUAAGAAAGGAAGUGGACAGAGAAAAGAUGGAACAGAGUAAGUCACAAGAAAGUGAAGAAACAUUUACUGAGUUUGAACAGGAAGCAGAAAAUGGGAGUCAGACUGAACUAAGUGUAUACGACUCUAGUUCAAGUAUUCUCCUCAAUAGUCUCUCUUACACUAUUGACUCUGCUGAUGCACCUCCCCCAGUCCUGGAUUCAAAGCCCAGACAUUACCACUGCCGAAUAUCAGAAUCAUCAAAGUACAUCACACAAGAAAUGAAUACAUGCCAGAUGACUUCUACUCACCAUAAUCAAAAGACCAAAUCAUCUAAAAAAACUUGGAAAACAGGACGAGAAAAGACAGUAAUAAAGGUUGAUAAUAACAAUUUUCCCAAGAUUAGGAAGAUUAUUAAAGAUAGUCCUCAAGAGCAUGAAGGAAAUUGGAAGAUAAUAUUAUCGAAGCUUAAUCCAAUUUUAUUAAUUCAUCAAAAAUAUUUUAAGGACCAUCAAAGCCUCUCUUGAUCACUUGGAAAAAGUUAUAAGAAGUUUAUUUAUAAUAAAGUAAUGAUGAUUUGCCGAAGAUUACAUUUUCAAAAUUUUAAGCCAGAUAAACCAAAUAUUAACAAAACAGUUUUAUAUCGCAAAAUCAAGAAUCAUUUCAUAUCAAAAGUCGAUACACUCAUAGUAAACAACCAACAACUAUCCUUAAAGACCAUCAAUGAGAUCGCACAAGAAAUCAAUGAAGGCCAAUGAGACCCCUCUCUCACUCAAGAAAUCCAAAAACUAGACGAUAUCCAUAAUAUCCCACCUCCUACUCCCCUAGACCAUCCCUCACCCCAUCACCAAACACUCUCAUCCACAAGAGCGAACGGGGUAUCAACCACGCAGCCCAGAACAGUCUACCCCAAAAUCCCUUCGCCAAGCUCAGGUACUCUUGUCCGUAACUCCUAGGCUCUAUGUACAGGUUCAAUGUCUUGAAGAAAAGUGCCAGUGCCAGUAGCGAAGCUUAUUUUGUAUAAUUCAUCAAAACCUUCA